AUGAAUAACCAGACUAAGGGAAAUGUAGAUAAAACUGUUGAAGACAUAGGAUGGAAAUCAAAAUUAAAAAUACCGCCCAAAGACAGAAGAAUAAAAACUAGUGAUGUGACGGAUACAAGAGGUAAUGAAUUUGAAGAGUUUUGCCUUAAAAGAGAGCUCCUUAUGGGUAUAUUUGAAAAGGGAUGGGAAAAGCCAUCACCUAUUCAAGAGGCUUCAAUCCCUAUUGCUCUAAGUGGUAAAGAUGUGCUUGCUAGAGCAAAGAAUGGAACUGGCAAAACAGGAGCUUAUUGUAUUCCGGUGUUAGAACAGGUUGAUCCAAAAAAAGAUGCUAUUCAAGCUUUAGUUGUGGUACCAACUAGGGAACUAGCACUGCAGACAUCACAAAUUUGCAUUGAGCUGGCAAAGCAUACAGAUAUACGUGUAAUGGUUACCACAGGUGGAACAAACCUCAGAGAUGACAUAAUGCGUAUAUAUCAAAAUGUUCAAGUAAUUAUUGCAACGCCAGGUCGAAUGAUUGAUCUCAUGGAUAAACAAGUAGCUAAGAUGGACCAGUGCAGGAUGUUAGUUCUUGACGAGGCAGAUAAAUUACUUUCUCAAGACUUCAAAGGCAUGCUAGACAUGGUCAUUUCACGACUACCAAAAGAGCGCCAAAUCUUGCUUUUCUCUGCAACAUUUCCAUUAAGUGUUAAGCAAUUCAUGGAGAAGCACCUUAGAGAACCAUAUGAAAUUAACCUCAUGGAGGAGCUUACACUUAAAGGAGUCACACAAUACUAUGCAUUUGUACAAGAAAGACAGAAAGUGCACUGUUUAAAUACACUAUUUUCAAAGCUACAAAUUAACCAGUCUAUAAUAUUCUGCAAUUCAACUCAACGUGUAGAGCUGCUGGCAAAGAAGAUAACCGAGUUAGGCUACUGCUGUUAUUACAUUCACGCACGCAUGGCCCAAGCGCACCGUAAUCGCGUGUUCCACGACUUCCGUGCGGGCCUCUGCCGCAAUCUUGUGUGCUCCGACCUCUUCACCAGAGGUAUCGAUGUGCAGGCGGUCAAUGUCGUGAUCAAUUUUGACUUCCCUCGCAUGGCCGAGACGUACCUGCAUCGUAUCGGACGCUCCGGGCGGUUCGGCCACUUGGGUAUCGCGAUCAAUCUGAUCACGUACGAGGAUCGCUUCGCACUGCACCGCAUCGAACAGGAACUGGGCACCGAGAUCAAACCGAUACCAAAGGUAAUCGAUCCGGCGCUGUAUGUGGCGCGACCGGACGAAGACGACUCGGCCGAAAAG